AUGGCAACAACCACCGUGACCGGCCACGGGCGACGCUCCUCCAUGCGCCAAACAGAAUUGCAAAUCCCAAACAAACCCUCAGAUCCUCAACCGAUGAGCAGCCCAAUAGACAAAUUCCCUGCGUACGAAGAUACAAGCGACAUCAUUGGUUCAACCCGUCCCACGCGGAGUGCGUCCGUAAAGUACGGCGCAAAUGAGCUGUGGGAACCCCGGAAAGCGAGCUUCUACUCGCGCGAUCCUGCGAAUGGAAUCUUGAGGAACCACAAACAUCGUCCACGGAAGAGCAUCAGCGAAGCUAUUUCAACGAUUCGGACCCGCAAUGGCAGCAUGAGUGCCAACGCCCAUGAAUUGGCCGAAGCACUCCGUGCGCCGGUUUCCUACCGACUCACAGCCCUCUGUGUCGUUUGGUAUCUGACAUCGGCCGUCACCAACACCUCCUCGAAAUCGAUCCUGAACGCCCUUCCGAUGCCUAUCACACUAACGAUGAUUCAAUUUGCAUUCGUUUCAUUCUGGUGUUUGCUAUUGGUGUACCUUUCCACAAUAUUUCCUCAGUUGCAUCAAAGUGUACCUAUUCUUCAGCAUGGGAUUCGCUAUCCAUCCCGGGAUGUGAUUUCGACGGCCUUGCCCUUGGCGGUGUUUCAGUUGGCUGGUCACGUCCUCAGCUCUAUGGCAACCGCUCAGAUCCCCGUGUCUUUGGUUCAUACCAUCAAAGGGCUUUCACCCCUCUUCACUGUUCUAGCAUAUCGGGUCCUAUUCCGCAUUCGAUAUGCCAAGGCAACCUAUCUAUCCCUCAUCCCACUGACUCUGGGGGUGAUGCUUGCAUGCUCGACUGAUGUGUCGACCAACUUCUUCGGAAUUUUUUGCGCAUUCGGGGCGGCCCUGGUGUUCGUCUCUCAGAACAUCUUUUCUAAGAAGUUAUUCAACGAGGCAGACCGAGCUGAAUCCGAAAUGCAAAGCCCAGGACGACGGAAGUUGGACAAACUCAACCUGCUGUGCUAUUGCUCCGGGCUAGCCUUUUUCCUUACCCUGCCUCUCUGGUUUGUGACUGAAGGAUACCCGAUGGUCGCUGACUUCGUCAACGACGGGGUAAUCUCACUUUCUGGCAAAAAAGGGUCAUUGGACCAUGGUGCCCUUUUGAUGGAGUUUGUGUUCAACGGAAUUUCUCACUUUGCCCAAAACAUCCUGGCAUUUGUUCUCUUAUCAAUGAUCUCUCCUGUGUCGUACUCAGUUGCAUCAUUGGUCAAGCGUGUGUUCGUGAUCGUGGUGGCAAUUGUCUGGUUUGGUAGCUCCACCACAUCAAUCCAGGCAGUUGGCAUUGCGCUCACGUUCGUUGGUCUUUACCUCUACGAUCGCAACAGCCACGACGACGCAGCCGACCAAAGAGCUAAUGCGGACCAUUUCCGAGCCCAAAAGUCCAUUCUCCCAAUGAACGUCCGGCAUACAAGCAGACCGUGGGAUUCCAACGGUUAUGCAUUUCCUGGGGGCAGGAACGUGGAUGGUGCCAGCCACGGGUCCCAUCUUGCAGCGAAGAGCUCCAAAAAAGAAGAUGAUCUGCCUGGCCAUGUUCGGCCUAGAGGUGCCAGCGUUUCUCGCACCUGGCUACCUGGAACGAAACAAGAAUCCACAUGGCAGGCCAAUGACUCUCAAACGACGGGCUAG